AUGCAGCUGAGGGCAGAUGCACGGGCGUUCCGCUGCAACGCCAAGCACGGCACCCAGCUGUUGCUGCAGGCCAAGGAUUCAGAACUGGAAGAGCUCUUGCGAUCCUUGCAAGAGGGCGGUCUAGAGGUGAACGCCUUCCAUGUCAGCGUCCUCCUGCGAAGCCGUCGGGGGUGGCAAGCCUCCUUGGUGACCGUGGAAGAGUGGCGGGGCAAAGGGGUGCGUUCGAGUGCAGUCUUGUGGAACAGCGUGCUGAACGGCUGUGUCAAAGACACGUGGAGCAAGAGCCUGGCGAUGGUGCGGAGCCUCAAGGACCUCAAGGUGCAGCCAGACACUGUUACGUUGGAUCUAUCUUUGAGGGCCUCCAGAUGGGCAGAGGCAUGUCACCUCCUCAGCUCCGCCGCGAACGUCGUGCCCGGCGCCUACGGCGGCAGCUUCACUAUCGCCGCCUGUGGCGCGGAGGCACGCUGGGCUGAGGCACUGCAGGUCUUCCCACCGAUCCACGGUGCGUCCGCCCUGCACGGCGCCAACGCUCUGCUGGAGGCGUUCCCGGCGGCCCAGUGGCCCCACGCCGAGGCGCUCUUCGCCACCUGUUGCGCGGCAGGAAUCCAAGUGGAUGCCACCAGCUGCAGCACGUUGCUCAGCGCUGGACGCAGGACCUGGGGCACCUCUCAGGGCUGGCGCCGGACCUUGCAAUUGUUUGAGGACCUGAGCGCGCGGGCACUGCAGCUGAAUCGGAUUUGUUACAACUGCAUCUUAGCUGCUGGCAAAGGGCCGACGCAGUGGGCCAUGGGUCUUCGGUGGCUCCAACGCAUGGAGGAGGAGCCUGAUGUGAAGCCUGAUGUUGUGAGCUACCGCUGCCUGAUGGGCAUGUUGGAUGAGACCUCAUGGCCACUGGCCUUGGAGCUUUUGCAGUUCCUGCAGACCCAAGGGCGCGUGGACGAUGCCACCUGGAGCGCGGUCAUCAGCAGCUGCGGAGAUGCAGAGGCCUGGCAGGCGGCGCUGAUGCUGGCUGAGAUGUGUCAGCAGGGUGCAGAGACGGGAAUCAGGAGUCAUACCAGCGCCUUGUCAGCCUAUCGCAAAGCUGGACACUGGGCGCGGGCCGUGGCGAAUGCCGUGGCGCGUGAGGCAUGUGAGGAUCCUGUGGCUGCCAGUGUCGCCAUGCUGGCGCUCGAGGACGGCAGUCGCUGGGCACAAGCAUUGCUUCUGGCGCCAAGCCACGGGCCUGUCACUGCGGAUACGUCCUUGGACGUUUGGGCACGGGCCGAGCAGUGGCAGCUGGCAAUAGACGUGGCCGUCCUCCGCGGCGUACGACGACGGAGCAGCUCCAGCGCGGUGCUCGCGCACAGCAGCUGGGCGGUGGCGCUCCAGCUGGGAGAGCAAGAGCAGCAUUUGCGAGGUGAUCUGAAACGCUCCAACGCUGUGGUAUCCGCUUGUGCUGAUGCCAGCAAGUGGGAACAGGCCUUAGGCGUUUGGAGCUUCACCGCCACGUCCGAUCGCUGGGCCCUGCUGGGCGCCCUGCUGGGCGCCUGCGGCAAGGCGCGGCGCUGGGCGGCGGCCGUGGCGGUGCUGCGCGAGGCGACGAUGCCGAGGAUGGAGACUGAGCUCUACAACGCAGCUUUGCGCGCACUCUCCGCAGGGCCUUGGCUUUUGGCGCUGGCACUUUUACAAGAAGCUGAAGACUUACGCCUGGCAGAUGGUGAGACCUACAGCCUGGCAGCCGAUGCCUGUGUGAGCGGUGGCCAAGGGCAGCGAGCCGAAGGCCUCUUCCAGCAGAUCUCCUCCGCCCUGCUGACGCCCUUGCAGGCCCGCAAGUGCGGGCAGCCCCGCCUUGCUGGUUCACUGGCUCCGCAGCUGGUGAGCCACCUGGCGGCCAGUCGACCACGGCUGCGUGGGAGGGCUGGAACUGGUCCCGUGCAAAGUGGGACUGCGGCUGGUCGGGCUGGCAAGCCGACCAAGGCCACCAGGGCCAGGACAGAUCCUGGACGUGGCACCGUGACUGGGACGACUGGGGCCAAGCCAGCGACCCCCCCUUCAAACCAGACUCCUUGGAGGAGUCACACAUCCCUCUCUCGCACAGAGGGACCAAGUGAGUGGGGUGAGAGCAGCCGCGCUCACGGCUCACAGCCUUACCCGACAAAGGGUCAAGGAAAAGGCAAAAGCAAAACCCAAGGCCAGGGAAAGGCCGCCGCCACAGAGCGACCCAUUCCCAAGCGCCGACCGCGGAACCACCGCGGCACGCGCAAUCCGGAGAAGCAAGCUCUUCGGGUUGAACGAGGCAAGGCCCGUCGCCUUGCGGCCGCCCAGCGGACACCAGCUGAGGCGGAAGAGUUUGAGGAAGUGAUUGUUGAGGUUACCUCACCUUCUUCGCCCCCUUCCACCAGCUCAUCCAGCUCAGGGACUGACAAGCCCGACUGGACUGAGCCGUGUCCGGUGCACUCACCGGAACCAGUCGCGGCCGAGCCGGCCGUGGAACAGCCGGAGACACUUCCGGCCAAGGUCAACGAGGAGCGCGGACAGUGCCCCGCCCCGGUGACCAAACAAGAGGAGAGUGAAACCAAGCACUCCCCUGAAACCGAGCUACCCUUGGAACAGCAGCCGUCUGCUGUCGAGGGUGUGCCCAAAGCUGCCCCAGGAGCGGGCAGCACCGCCCUGAGCACUGCGACCGCCACCCAACAGGUCGGUGAGCCAGCCGUGUCAGAGGCAAGUGAGGUGGAGGAGGAUACCCCAUCCAUUUAUCAGUUGUUUGAGCAGGCUGAGGAACUGAUCCAAGCCAUCCAGGAGAGUCUCAGCCCUCAUGGCGGAUCAGCAGCAGCAACAACAGGUUAUACAGGAAGUGGCCGAACUGAGGGCCGCGCUUCAAAGGAGCGACGCGACGCAGCAGCAUCUCGUUACAGCUCUGCGCGCAGCUCAAGCGCGUCAAGCUGA